AUUAUAAAUAGGCCGAACUCUUCCUUCACGGUUGCUCUUCUCCCACUAAACAGUAGCAAGACCCAGGCGGCCUGGUGCUUUCUCCUUAAAUCCGCAGCUAACCCAACAGAACGCCAAAAUGAGCAGGAAAUUCUUCGUCGGAGGUAACUGGAAGCUGAACGGCGACAAGAAGAGUCUCGGCGACCUCAUUCACACCUUGAACGCCGCCAAGGUGGACCCAAAUGUCGAGGUGGUGUGCGGAGCCCCAGCCAUCUAUCUGGACUUUGCCAGGUCCAAACUGGACCACAAGUUUGGCGUGGCUGCUCAGAACUGCUACAAAGUCGCUAAGGGAGCCUUCACUGGGGAGAUCAGCCCUGCGAUGAUCAAGGACUGUGGCAUCCACUGGGUGAUCCUGGGACACUCUGAGAGGCGUCACGUCUUCGGAGAGAGCGAUGAGCUCAUCGGUCAGAAGACCGCCCACGCUCUGGAGAGCGGCCUCGGUGUGAUCGCCUGCAUCGGCGAGAAGUUGGACGAGAGGGAGGGCGGCAUCACCGAGAAGGUCGUCUUUGCGCAGACCAAGGUCAUCGCAGAUAACGUAAAGGACUGGAGCAAGGUGGUGCUUGCCUACGAGCCCGUGUGGGCCAUCGGCACUGGCAAGACCGCCUCCCCCCAGCAGGCUCAGGAGGUCCACGAGAAGCUGAGGAAGUGGCUCAAGACCAACGUGUCUGAAGCUGUCGCCAACUCUGUGAGGAUCAUCUACGGCGGUUCUGUGACCGGUGGCACCUGCAAAGAACUCGGCUCCCAGAAGGAUGUGGACGGUUUCCUUGUGGGCGGAGCCUCACUCAAGCCGGAGUUUGUGGAGAUUAUCAACGCCAAGAUGUAAAAACCCUGGUCGAUAGUCCAUUAACUUUCAGCACAUAGUUCUCCCUUCUUUUCGCUUAACUCAAAGUGUGUAAUGCCGUCAUUCCCUCUUUGUAUUUCAUUCAUUUGUGAGGAAGCGGGUUGGCACGUGCACUAAACACCAACUGUAAUGCCCUUUUACUUGAAAAGGUGGCUGUGUGACAUCAUGGCUAUGUGUCGAUCACAUUUAUUCGCCUUUUAUUGAUACCCGCGUCUUCUGUGUGCGUCUAUGGUGCUCUGUGGCUUUUACCUACCCUGUAGCUAUGCUGUCAUUGGCGCCUCGGCCAAGACUGGGCGUGGCAUGUCCAUUACAAACCUAUUCAUCUUGUGUCAUGGCCAUGGAUGUUUGAGGAAGAGGAAGCUGUAACAAAAAAAAUAAACAACCGUUUAGCGACUGUA